AAUCCUUUCUGCUUCACGUUUUCACAAGUGCUGCUCUUUAUGAGACAUUUCGAAAACAAUAUUCACAAUUAACUUCUAGUCAUAAUAUUGGGACCCGGAGGAACGUUGCAAGUCAUAAUAUUGUAAUUUUUCCCAUAACAACACACCACAAGAGGGCUCUCUCAUCUGGAGAAAUAUGCCUGCGGCAGAGUUAGCUUCGAAUAAGGUUGUGGACGUCAUUAGUAGAUUACCACCUGAUACAUUUUCUGAAAUAUGUUUGCACAUUCUGACCUACCUGUGUGGACAGUCCGCUGGAGUUGAUUCAGCUGUACUAUCUAAUGAACUGUCAAAUGCCGGUACCUCACUUAACCUUGAGGAUUUACAGAGUAUUACAAGAUGUGUUUUAUUAACAUUCAGACAUGCUGGAAAACACAACCUCUCUGCUGAUGAUUUAGUGUCAAAGUUGGAAGAAGAUGGGAGCAGGUGGGCCAAACCCUUUCUUCAAGUGAUACAUAAGUUAUGGAGUGAACAUAGUGCAGAAGUCCAGCUACAACAAGAAGCUAAAGAGAUGCUCAGCAUUGGCCAGUUAGUUGACAUGCAGUGGAAACUUGGCAUGGCCGUGAGCUCAGACACCUGUAGAUCACUAAACUCUCCGUAUGUGAUGGUAAUGUUGAAGGUGGCUGAUCCCUCUGGUCAGAUAUGUCAGAAGUCUUUUGAAAUGACUAUCCCACAAUUCCAGAACCUGCACACUCAUUUUAAGGAUAUUGCAGCAGUAAUGGAAACUGUUUGAUAUAAUUCAGUAUAUAUUUUUCACAUUUCUCAGUUUGUAUCGUCUUUGUAAAUAAGUGUUUGUUAUUUUAUGGUGGCUCACAAUCGAAUCAAUUGAAGCAAUUCUAAUACCUUUUGUGAGAUACAUUGCUACUAAAUAAACAAAUGCUCUUGA